GGCAUUCAUCCUAAAACAGAUCGUUCAAUACUACGAGCACUCGGAAGGAUGGAUGCAGUUCCCGGACGAAAGGCACAAAUGGCAUCUGGAUCGGCUCCUGACCUCACCUACUGCCAGCCAUGCGCGGAGGACGGCAAGAAAAUCCUCCCUGAGGCCUUCUGUCCCGUCUGUAAGGAGUUCCUGUGUUCCACCUGCGCCCGAGUACACCGGAACCAGAAAAUAACCAAAACUCACGCCCUCCAGGACAAGGACAAUAUGCCUUCCUCAUUCCGCGAAGAGAGUGAAGAUGAAAAGUUUACAGAAACAUGUCAGCGUCAUGCUCAAGAGUUCAUAAAAUAUUACUGUCUUAAUCAUGAGACACUUCUGUGUGGAGACUGCUUGGCUGAAAAAGCUCAUCGCUCAUGCAAUAUUGAAAGGAUUUCUCAAGUUGCAAAACGGUACAAGGAGGGUGCAGAAUACAACAGCCUGAAAACACGGCUUGUCCAGACGGCCUCUGACAUUGGCAAACUGUCACACGACAUACAGGUGAUCAUGAAAUCAGUUGACGAAGAAAGCCUUGCCAAUAUCAAUGAGCUUCAAAAUAAGUCGGAGCUACAAGCACAGGACGACAAUAGCAACCAGCUAUUGAUAAUAGGAAAACGAGCUAUAAAAGAGCUGGCAGGUAUCCAGGCAGCCCUGGAAGAUGUGAGCAGGAGGAGUGAAGUUGCCCGAUACAAGUUUUACAGGGACCCCGUAAUUGAGCAGAUAAAAGCUUCUGAAAAUGCAAUAGGACGGUUGGAAGAGGGCGAAAUAACGUCGGCGUUAGGGCAACAACACCGACAACAGCAAACGAAGCAGGAACAACGGCAACAGGAUACGAUGCAACAACACCAAAAACAGAUGAAAGCUGUUUCACAAAAAGGUUUGCGUACAACCACUAACUAA